UAGAGUCCUAUUAUUUGGAUCCAGCACAGGUUGGAACAUAAAGAAAAGAUGUGUGUCUCUAUCUCACAAAGUCCACUGAAACAAAAACUCCACUGAUCUAAAAUAAUAAUAAAUUUGUCACUGUUGUGAUGUUUUAUGUUAAUGAUGCUGUUUUUGGUCAGAUUUGAAUUUACUGCCAAAUGUGUCACUUCCAUUCAUGUUAAUCUGUAUUAGAGAUACGUAAGUGGACCUUUGUGUGACUGUCUGUUUCCUGUUUUAUUAAAUGGUUCACAAUAGAAAGGCAGUUUAGAAAAGGCUUAAUCUGUGAAGCUCUAAAGGAGAUAGAUAAAUCCUCUGUGUUUGAUUGACAGCGCUGCCAUGACAACCCCGCAUCAGCCCCAGGGUAUCCAAUGAGGAGGCAGAUCCAGGGUCCCUCCCUGACUCCCAGGUGAGCUAAAGAGUCAGACUUCAGCAGAUUUCUGUCAGACUGUUUCCGAGGCACACUUCGUCUCCUCUUUGGCUUCACUCUGUCAUCCAGAUGGUGUUCAGAUCGCCGCUCGACUUUUUCUCAGCCUCCCGUAUCCUCCUGCCCCACUUCGCGGAUGGGCCCCCUAUCCUGGCCCGCUCCCGGUCCCCGGAGGACCCUUCCUCCGCCUGUCCUCCUCUGGCUCUCCCGGGACUGUGUUUCUCUGCGGCACAGAUCGCCAGCGUCUGCGAGACUCUGGAGGAGACCGGAGACAUCGAGCGGCUGGCCCGCUUCCUCUGGUCACUCCCGGUGACCACAGACGGCCGCGACUCCAUCUCUGAGCACGAGUCCGUGCAGCGGGCUCGCGCCGUGGUGGCCUACCACACGGGCAGUUUCCGCGAGCUUUACCACAUCCUGGAGACUCACCGCUUUACGCGCGCCUCGCACGGUAAACUGCAGGCGAUGUGGCUUGAAGCGCACUACCGGGAGGCAGAGAAGCUCCGGGGUCGGCCCCUCGGACCGGUUGACAAGUACCGCGUGAGGAAGAAGUUCCCGUUACCGAGGACCAUUUGGGAUGGAGAGCAGAAGACGCACUGCUUUAAAGAGCGCACACGGGGGCUGCUAAGAGAGUGGUAUCUGCAGGACCCGUAUCCGAACCCCGGGAAGAAGCGGGAGCUGGCGCACGCAACCGGACUCACACCAACUCAAGUUGGGAACUGGUUCAAAAACCGGAGGCAGAGAGACCGUGCGGCGGCAGCCAAGAACAGGUUGCAGCACCACCGGAUGUGUCCUGGCGGUACGCGCUCCUUCAGCGGAGGAGAGUGCAGCCCAGACGAAAGCGGGGAGCGCGCAGAUGGAGAAACUCUUCUCUCAGUUACGGACAGUGACUCUGACUUGGAUGUCUGAGACUUUUAGUCUAUGAAAUGGACCUUCAAUGGGGGCCUGUGAUGCUCCCCGUCAUGGAUUACCGAAGAGGAAGAGGAUGAUGAUGUUGGUGGACAAAAAGGCUGGUCAGGGUUUGCAAUAAACGAUCAGGGCAUAAAACAGUUCCAUCCUUAUUAACACCCCUCUGUGCUGCUGGUUCACUGACCACCAGCUGCAGAUCAGGCCCACAUUUCUGAUGUUUAACUACAUCACUGUGGUGCACAUCUGAUAACCCAGCUUACACCAUCGACCUCAGAUAUCAAACCAUGGACCCCUGUUGGACUUUGACCCAGGGACCCCUGCAUGGGAGGACCUUUACAGACCAAAACCUGUCAGUGAGAUAAUCAUCCUUAUUUUCUCUAAUUAUGUGUCAAUAUAUGUUUUUUUGUUUGUUUGUUUCUUAAGACCCCUGGAUGUCCACUGCUGUAGACAAUCAAUACGCACUGAAUGCCUACCUCCUGUCUGGCUGUUUGUAUGCUUAUGAACUUUUAUUUUAGUUUCUUUACCUUCACUUGUACUUUAUUUAAAGUUCACAGAGUUCACUGUGCAGUCUGUGUGUGAUGAUGUGUCCUCCUCUAUGUUCAAUUUGAUGCUGAAUAAAUGUUUUGGUAUUUUAUAUAAAUAAAAUUAUUUAAUAUA